AUGUGAAUCAAAAUGAAAACAGUGAGUUCCAUCAGAUAGUAUACUAGAAAGAAGACAAAAGCAAAUGAAAUGCAAGCGUAUCAUGACACGAAAUUCUUUUAAAGAAAUCUGGAGGUGUCAAUACAUUAUGUGAACCAGUUACACAUUGAAGGGUUAAUAUCCAGGUGUCUUUACAUUAGAUCACAGUAUAUGAAAGACUGGAUGCAUGGCAUUGCUUCGGAAUGGGAAAGGAUGUUUCCUGUAACGCGUUGCAGCUUGAGUUAGCAGCGCUUCAUUUAUGAAAUUAAAACUACAACCGCAGCGGUUAGUUGUUUUGGAUGGAAAGGUUUUCCGUCCCCUCUGUUAUGACACCACUCAUCCUCUGUUUCCCGUAAAAACACAUAAUACUCCUAAUACGCUGUCAACAUGACAACCACUGCCCAGAUUUUGGCCUUUAAGUUCUCCCCACCCGCUCAGGAUGGAAGUCCGGAGCGUCUCUUCAGCUGUGAUGAGGAGAUUGAACGGCGUUACGAGGUGGUCCCGUCUGUCGUCUGCUCCAUGUGCUGCCUCUUCGGCAUCAUCUACUGCUUUUUUGGCUACCGCUGCUUCAAGGCUGUAAUGUUUCUCACGGGUCUGAUGUUUGGCUCCAUCGUCAUCUUCAUGCUUUGCUAUAAGGAGAGGGUCAUGGAUACCCAGCUAAGCGUGGAGGCCAGCGUAGGCAUAGGCCUGGGCAUCGGCACCUUGUGCGGCUUGGUCACUAUGCUGGUCCGCAGCGUGGGACUCUUCAUGGUUGGACUUCUCCUGGGUUUACUGAUGGCCCUGGCAUCUCUAGUGGUUCUGGAGGAGUUUUACCACCCAAGGACAGUUUGGCUUCCACUGGGUGUGCUUCUGGGAUCGGGGAUGCUGUUUGCCGUGCUGACACUACAGUGGCAACGGUGUUUCACCACGCUCUCCACCGCCGUCUUCGGAUCAGCUGUGGUAACCGUUACUGUGGAUUAUUUUGUCGAGCUUUUUGCCUUGACACGAUACAUCUUCGAGAGGGUGAAAGUGGACCCGCCUCGGCCCGUGUGUUGGUACACGUGGGUGGUGAUGGGAGUUUGGCCCGUGCUGGCGCUGCUGGGUGUUCUGAUUCAGUGGAAGGUCACUGCUGAAGGAUAUUCACACACGGAAGUCUUCAUCAGUCACCAGCAGAGGCGAGUGCAGCUAAUGCGAAUCCGUCAAAAGGAGGAGAGGAAAGAGUGCAGGAAAAAAAAGAAAAAACCUCAGAAACAACCACCGCAGCAACAAAAGUACCACCACCCCACUCAGUCCAACCCGAUCCCCCCCAACCCCCCACCCAAAACCCAGCGCCCGGAGCCCACUCAACGCCGGAAACCCAACACUAUUCGCCGCUUUGAUGGAGACGUGCUUUCUCCGAGUUACAUCCAGAACUUCCGUGACAGACGCGUGGAGAGGAGAGGCUACUCCCAUGACCGGUUGAUUGACGGCGCGCACGUUGUAGAUUUGGACUAUGACUAUGGGUCCCAAGUGCCCCUGACAGCCCACACAGGCCCCGGAGUAAGAGGCUGACCCCUACUGAACAAGAGCUGUACUGCAGCAACCGAUCCGAGAAGCAACAAGUUAUGGCUGGAUAAGAUCCCGAGCAUGCAGUUACUUUAGCCGCCGGGAUGGCUGAAGGGACUCCCAUCCGAAAUCGAUUUGCUGUGAUCCCAUGCUUUUAUUUGUUAAGUGUAUGUAUAAUGCUGCAAAUGGAUCGUUGAUGCAAAUGGAUCGUUUACCUACAACACUGCCUAAUGGGGCUCUGUUCUACUGCACUUAGCUUCAUUUGAUAUUGUUGAAGAUGGGUGUCUUUGUGUCUGCUCCUCUGGGGCUCUUCUGCCCAUAUUUAGGCUACCGUCUUACUCCGUCCAAGAACAAUGGGUUCAUUAUUACAAAAGCCAUUUUAAAGAACAUAUCCGAGCAUGGGACCUAAUACGGCCUUGACUUUAAGCGACUAAGCUGCCAUAAAGCAUGCACGGGUUCUGCCAGAUAGACUCUUCGUACAUAUUCAAGCUUUAGUCCUCCCAUUGUUUAUGACCUGUUGAAGAUGUUUCGGGUGAAAUUAUGUUUACAGCACAGGCAGGGAGGUAUGUACCAUUUUAUAAUAGUUUCGAAUGGCUUUAUCUGCUCUUUGUCAGGACAUACACCAAUUCUGUCAGACCAUAUACGGUAAAAACAAUCUGAGCCGAUUGCUGAAACCACUGUUGCACAAAUAAUAAAAUGUCUUGUGUGUUUAUCUUUGUCAGCUAAUGCAUGUGGGGAAAAUCUGCCAUUUUUUAUGAUGUAGAGAUGCAUUGCUUUCAUUUUUUGUGCCCAUUUUUAGUUCUAUCCAUUUACGGUGUAAUUAUAUGUGUCUAGUGACUGUUUGGGUGGGUCCCACUUAAAUCUCAGGGGCCGUGGCAGCCAGAGGGCCCUAGCUAUGUUACUGUGAACACUAAAGUGUUUUGAAUGGAUGAUUUAAGUGUCCUUUUUUACUGUGAGACAGUAAGGGAUUAAAGAAGGAUGUAUAAAAGAGAUUUAUGCCAGACUUCCCAGAAAGGAUGUUGUUUAUUUCUGUGUGUGAAAGGCAUGAAACACAGAGAUGGGGUACCAUUUGAAAUGUGUGUUUUGCUGUGUAUGCAAUGAGAAAAUGUGUGUGCGCGCGUGUGAGUGAUUUCAUGCCCAGUUUCUCAUCUGUGUUUAUCGGGACUGUAAGAGUGAUGAAGAGUCUUGUCUUAUCUCUUCCUCAGUAGUGAAAGGGCUCAACGGCUAACAUUCCUCUGUGUCUACUGUGUCUCAAGUGACAGCUUGGCUCUCCUAUUAAUUUUUGUACAUGGUCUAAAUGUAAAUAGGUUUACAUGCGGCUUUGUAUUAUUGCUAUUAGUGCUUUGAUUAAUAAUUUUUAAUUUUUCUAAUCAGUGGCUAUGUCUGUGUGCUGAAGAAAUGUCUUUCUGACAAAUUUGUCAUUGAUAGUCAUUUGUAAUUAUAAUUUAUUUCUAAUUUAUUAGAUAAAGACUUAAAGUGGAGCUCUGUAUGUAAUUGCAUUAAUGUUUACCAUUAUUAUUAUUAUUCCUGAGCAUGUAUUUUACAAGACUGAUAACCAUAAAUGUUGUGCUCCCAAAGUCGAA